AUGCUCUCCCGCUCAUCCACCGUUGCACGUACCCUAAGACUCCAGGGCGGCGUCGCCGCCCGCAUGUACUCCGACAGCUCCAACGUCGGCCCGCUCGGCACCGGCCCCUCCGAGGACAGCUUCAUCAAGAGGGAGCGUGCCAAGGAGGACUACUUCGUCAGACAACACGAGAAGGAGCAACUACAGAAGCUAAGAAAACAGCUCAAAGAGCACCAGGACAAAGUCGACAGCCUCAAGAACAAGAUCGAGUCGCUGUCGAAACGCUGA